CUCCGCAUGUUUCCCCAUCUCUUGCGGGGGUGAACCAUCGUUCCCCUCAACAAAAAAACCAAAAAACCAAAAAAAAAACCCUAUUUCCCACCACCCCAACAACCCCUUGGCCGUGCUCAAUCUCCUCCUCCUCCUCCUCCUCUCGUGGAUCCCAUUGUAAUGGGGAUCAUCGUCUCCAUCCCGAUCACGAAGCCCUAGAAUUCGCAAGGAGCCGAGGGAGCGGGUGGUGAAGAGAGGGAGCGAGGGGCGAGAUGUUGCAGAGAGCGGCGAGCAAUGCGUAUUCAUGGUGGUGGGCGAGCCACAUCAGGACCAAGCAAUCCAAAUGGCUCGACAACGACCUCCAAGAGAUGGAGGAGAGGGUGAAUUCGAUGAUCAAGCUCAUCGAAGAGGAUGCCGACUCCUUCGCCAAGAAGGCCGAACUGUACUUCAGGAGGAGACCUGAGUUGAUAAACUUUGUCGAAGAAGCCUACCGAUCUUACAAAGCCUUGGCCGAUCGGUACGACCGGAUAUCGGGCGAGCUGCACAAAGCCAACCACACGAUCGCGACUGCAUUUCCCGACCAAGUCCAGUACGCAAUGGAAGACGAGGACGACGACAGCUCCCCGAAAGCCAUAACCGCAAUCGAUCCUGCCAAAAAUCGCAACGAUAAGGAACCGCCGGUUGAGAUCCCUCGAUUGAAUUUAAGAGGUAAUAAGAGCAGAGAAAUUAGCCCACCCCCGAGAAAGUUGCAACAUAGGCGGAUAAGCUCGCAGAUCAGCAAAGAGAAGGUGCAAGAAGAGAUCGGCAGGCUGCAAAAGGAGAUUCUGGUGCUUCAGACCGAGAAGGAAUUUGUAAAAAGCUCCUACGAAAGUGGCUUGGCAAAGUAUUGGGAAAUAGAAAAUAAGAUUACUAAUAUGCAGGAGGAAGUUUCUUGCUUGCAAGAUACUUUUAAUGCGAGCUCGGUGAUUGAAGAUGAUGAGGCUCGAGCUCUAAUGGCUGCGAGAGCCAUCAAAUCGUGCGAGGAUACAUUAUUUAGCUUGCGGGAACAACACAAGAGGUCAGAACAAGAAGCGAGAAUCGAAUCACAAAGAAUUGAAGAAGCUAAGCAGAAGCUAAAGGCUCUAACAGGUGAGGAGGAGGUCUCGGCCAAAGAAACAUGGUCGAGCUCUAUUGAGCCCAAUGUAGAAAAAGCUGUUUAUGGUUUGAAGGGGGAUAUGUUGGAAUUAAGUUCCGUUUGCCAGAAAGUAAAAGAGCAUUUUGAAAUGAGUUCUGAGGCUUCAGUUGUUGAACUAGCCGAAAAGAUAGACGAGCUUGUUGAUAAAGUUAUUAGUUUGGAACUAACCAUUUCUUCUCAGAGUGCGCAGAUAAAGAGAUUAAGGUCAGAAACUGAUGAGUUGCAGAAGCGUCUGAGGGGCUUGGAGGAAGAGAGAAUGGCUUCUCGUGGUGAUUCUAAUGAGUUGGCUGACAGGUUGAAGCAGGCGGAGGAAGAGCUGCAGAGAAUUCAGCAGCUUGAGAGGAGCUUCCGGACGGAGAAAGCUGCUGUUGAAACACAGCUGAAUGAAGCACGCAGUGGGCUUAAUCAUCUCUCGAAGAUAUUGCAGCUCCCUAAGCAAUUAAACCCAGAAUUAGAAGAAAACAUUAUUGAAGAGGAGAAUAAGGAGCGCGAGGAGGUUUCUAAUGUUCAAAAUCUUUCAAAGGUACUCCCAGAGGAAUACACAGAAAAGGAUAAAUUGCAGGAGAUGAAUUCAUUAGAUGAAGAGCCAGAGGAUGAUACUCAAGAGAAGUGGCAACAGUUAUUUUUGAAUGGCUUGGAAGGAAAAGAGAAGAUCUUAUUAGCCGAGUACGCUUCUAUUUCAAGAAACUACAAAGAUACGAAAAAAAGACUUUCUGAGAUCGAGAAGAAAAACCAAGAAUACCACUCUGAGACAAUGACGCAAGUUAAAGAAUUAAAGAGUGCAAAUGCUAUGAAGGACGAAGAGAUUCGAGCUCUAAGACAAAUUCUAAGUUCCUUACAAGCCAAUUUUAAUGUGAAUUUACCUCAGAACAUAGGAAAGGCUGAAGAAGACAACGAUGGGCCGCAAACAGAAGAAGACAUCAAGCCGUGCCAUGUAGAAGAACCUCAGCCCAUUUCAACGAUAGAAGAGAAAUUUAGGGCCGAUAUCGACACGCUGUUAGAAGAAAACUUGGAUUUUUGGUUGAGGUUCAGCACAUCAUACCACCAAAUCCAGAAGUUCCAAAGGACAUUCAAGGAGUUGCAAGCCGAGGUGGAGAAGCUGAGGGAAAAAGCGCAGGAGGAAAGUGUUUCUUCUUCAUUGGCUUCCGGAGAAGCAGUUACAGGAAAAGGGGAAUCAGCCCUGCUCCACAAGAAGCUUAGAGAACUAAUCACCGAGCUCCAAGUGUGGUUAGAAAAGAAUGUGCUUUUGAAAGGAGAGCUUCAAUGCAGGUUCUCUUCUCUGUGUAGCAUACAGGAAGAGAUAUCCAAAAUGUCGAACGCGGAAGAAUCUGAGAAUAUAGUGUUCACUCCGUAUCAAGCCGCGAAAUUUCAGGGCGAAGUGCUUAACAUGCAGCAAGAGAACAACAAGGUUGCAAAGGAACUGGAAACCGGUUUGGAUCAUGUGAGGGGGCUUCAGGCGGAGGCCGGAAGGGCGCUGCUUAAGCUGCGCGAUUGCUUCGCGCUUUCGGCUGGAUCGAGAACUAGCAGCCAUCAUCACAGUCAACAACAUCAUCAUCAACAUAACCAUUUUAGGACUUUAUCGACGAAGACGAGGAUACCGCUGAGGACUUUCCUCUUCGGGACGAAGCCAAAGAAGCCGUCGAUAUUUUCGUGCAUGAAUCCGGCGUUGCAGAAGCAGUACAGUGAUUUGAGAGCUGGGUUUCCUAGAUGAGCAUGGUGUAGAUCACGUUGUCAUGCAUAUAUAUAUAUAUAUAUAUACAUGUAGUUUAAUCUUGAUGUAAAAGAUUCUCUCUUGCAUUUUAUAUGCUAAUAACUGUAA